CAGCACGUGACUGAAGGCACACUUCAAGAAUGGAAGAUGAUGUCUGUGGUCAGUCCUGAUUCAUAUCAUACUCACCACACCACCUGUCUCAUGUAUUAACAGUGGUUGAGUACCAAUUCAUAAUUCAUCGGCCAAUGGUGCAACCCUGGGCCACAGUUCUACCAUCCGGAUUUUUGGCGUCCCGAGUUCGCGACAAUCUCCUGUUCAGCACGGCACGUCUCCUUUCAUUGCAUCGCGCGACUACCAACCAAGCUGCUGUCGCGACAGUUCUGUACUAGAACCUGGUCGUGCUCUUCGCCACAUCUACACGACCUAAUACGGUCUUUGCAUUCCCUCCGAAGCCCCCAAGGAGCAGCAAUUGAUAUAUAUGGCAGACUUGCCAGAGCGUCCACUUCUGAAGGGGCCAGUAUGUCUCGAAGAUGCGCUGGACCAAGAUGACGAUAUGCUGGCCCAGCUACGAUAUCCGCAACACAAAAAGGAAUUUUUCGACUAUCUGAAGGCACACGAAGCAGAUAUUAAGAAUUUGGUUUGUUGUCAUUUAGGCAUUGAUCAAUGUCACGUGUGCGUCAUGGAGAUCUGGAAAUCGGGAAGUUUCAACGUCUGUGUCCCAGUCCUCAUCCCUGCGAAUGGCCGUCGAGGGCCCGACAAAAUCUUUGUUCGUUUUCCACUCCCGUACAGAUUGGGAGAGAGAAAUAAGCCUGGAAAUGUGGAAGAGAAGCUAAGGACGGAAAUUGCGGCGUACCUUUGGCUUCAAGAACAAUGCCCUGAUGUGUCUAUACCCGUAUUACAUGGCUUCGGUCUUCCUGAUGGACAAUGUGUGAGUAAAACCGCCAUUUUUAUAACUCUUCUAAAGCUGUAUAGUUUACACACCCCCGAAAUGUGACGUUCUUUGCCACGGCGAUGUUGCGAAUACGGCGACUUGUUUUGUGCUGGCUUGGCUUUCCAGUUCCGUGCAACUACAUACGACAAAAAAUUCACAGCCCAUUCAAGACAGGCUAUAUAAUUCUGAGCGAAGCGAAAGGCGAACCUCUUCAUCAGUCAUGGGAAGAUCAUCGGCACGACAAAUCUUAUCGAGCUAGGCUUUUUCGCGGCCUCGCACGGAUUUCCCUUUCAUUAAAUGACAAACCUCUGCCACGAAUAGCUUCAUUGACUCUUGAUUCGUGUGGUGUCAUAACGCUGUCCAACCGACCCCUUACUCUCUAUCUUCAAAUGCUAGAGAACGAGGGGAUACCGUCGGGGAUCCCACGACAAAGAACCUACACUUCUGUUGAGUCUUAUAUCUCCGACCUUCUUAGCUUUCAAGAUAACAGGAUAUUGUUUCAACCAAACUCGGUUCACGAUAAAGACGAUGGCGAAAUGCAACUUGCAGCGUUGACAGCUCUACGAGCCACUAUGCAUCGCUUCAUCCGUCCUCAGUAUCGUGAUGGCCCUUUUUUCUUUACGUUGACCGAUCUCCACCGAAGCAAUAUCUUUGUGGACGAACAGUGGAACAUCCAAACCAUUAUUGAUCUCGAGUGGUCGUGCUCACAACCUGUGGAGAUGCAGGUACCACCUUAUUGGCUCACAUCUAAGUCUGUGGAUGAUUUCGACGAUCCUGAGUCUGUGAAAGAGUUGGAAACCUUGUUAGAAGAGUAUUUGACCAUCUACGAGCAAGAAGAAUUAGCGCGGAAUGGAGUUCUUUGCCAAGCACCUAUCAUGCGACAUGUUUGCCACUCCGGGAGCUUCUGGUACUUUCAUGCUGUCACAAUUCCCAAAGGCAUGUAUCGGGUGUUCAACUCCAAUAUCCAACCAUUGUUCAACAAAGAACACUGCGAGAAAAAGAUCUUCGACCAGGUAUUCUGGUGGUACUGGGGAGUGAGCGCCCAGGAUGUCAUACAGAAGAAACUGAAGGACAAGGAGCACUAUACAAUGCAAUUGAAAGAGGCGUUUAGUGUUGCCAGGCAAGAUAAGACCGGCCAAGUUCAGAUUCAGGAGACAGGCUCGAGUAUUGAUUGUGAUGUGUAGAGUGGCAGGGUAAUAUGAUGAUUAAAGGGAAAGCUGUUGGCCAUAGACUCAGAUAUGGCGCAAGCUGUGAGUGGAGGUAAAAUACCACAGGAGCCAUACUCAACGUGUUUCAAACUCAUCCGACACCAAGAAAUUCGUAUAUUGAUUGUGCACUGGCCAUAUCGUUUGGAACUAUGUGAUUGGUCCAAUAUCACGUAUUGGGACACAUUCAAAUUCGAAAGGCGGGGUGUGGGGGUCUGGCAGUUGGAUAACAUUGCGGUAUAUUUCCAAGACUUUGCCCUUUCUCGUGUUUCAUGCAUUUAUCUGCAUAAAUCCUGCAGCCUCUUUGUACAAGACCGAGUUUGCUUACAGGGGGAGGGAGGGGCGGUAUUACUGGUGAAUAGUUCGCUUGGGGAUGAGUCGUUGCUACCUGAUUUCAGGCCGUGAAGCCAUUCGACGCUUACCUCCCACCGAAUGGGAUCCUGCCACGACAUUGCAAGAUCCGCGCCCAGCCCUUUUCCCAUUCUCGUAAAUCUGUUGCACUGCCAAAUUUGGACAGAUUUCACUGCUGCCGGUAGUGUGUGACUCAGAUAAAUCAUGAUUGGCAUAGUAUUUGAGAAUGUGGUGCCACUUCUUGAUCUGAUUAGGCUGCAAGGCUGGGCAAUCUACAUGUUCAGUUCGCAAAAGCAAGGCGUCUACAUAUCACAAAUACCUAUUAACAGGUCAAGCCGACAGCUGUUUCAUCACAUUCAUCAAAGA